UGAGGGGGCGGGGACGGAAAGCUAGAUGAGUUCCUUCCGGGUCAGUGACAGAAGCGUCAACUUCGUGGGGUAGUUGCUGGCGUUUUGGUCUCCCCUGCAUCUUCCUUUGUCCAGCGCGAACUGAUUGUGGUUCCGGCGAUGAGCUCCCAGAAAGGGAACGUGACUCGUUCCAGGCCUCAGAGGCACCAGAAUACGUUUAGCUUCAAAAAUGACAAGUUUGAUAAGAGUGUUCAGACCAAGAAAAUUAAUGCAAAACUUCAUGAUGGAGUAUGUCAACGGUGCAAAGAAGUUCUAGAAUGGCGUGUGAAAUACAGCAAAUACAAACCAUUGUCAAAGCCUAAAAAAUGUGUUAAAUGUUUACAAAAGACAGUGAAGGAUUCUUAUCAUAUAAUGUGUAGACCAUGUGCCUGUGAACUUGAUGUUUGCGCAAAAUGUGGAAAGAAAGAAGACAUUGUUAUUCCGUUUAACAAAGAAACAGAAAAGACAGAAAAUUUUGAAAAUAAUCUAUGUUCUAACCAUCAAAGAAGCUGCAGAAGAAAUGAAGAAAGUGAUGAUGAUUUAGAUUUCGAUAUUGAUUUAGAUGACGCAGAAGAUGGCGAUCAAGCGGAUUAACAUAACUAUACUAAAGUCAGUUUGAAAACAUGAAAUUCUGAACAACUUUGGACUUUGAGGGUUUUACAAAAAAGUACUGUGAAAUCCUAAUGAGGAAAUCAUAAAAACCUGUAGAAAAUAGGCAAAAUUUAUACAGGGACAAUAUAAAUUAUGUAUGAUAUUUGAAUAAUUAUAAAGCUUUUACCCAGAGUUUUCCUAUAAUAAAUUUUAAAGUAGCGUAUGCUAGAAUAUCUGCCAAAAUUAGUAUGGGUUUAGCAUUUUGCAGUUCGUGGAAAUUAUUUAGAAUUUACAUAUACUACCUAUAUCAAACUAAGUAAGAUUCAGAAUUGAUGAUUGUGUAAGAACUAUCUCAUGGAAAAAUCAGAUGACAUUAUUAUAUUGCUAGCCUCAAAAACUGGUCCUCAGUAACUACCUUUUGAUAAAUUGAUCUCGAGUAAAUGGCCCACAUAAGAAAAGCCCGCCUACUUAUGUUUGCUUGUUAUAAAGCGAAAAGUUUAUUAUAAUAUUUAACAACUGUAUAGCAAUUUUUCAUUGAAAGUAUUUUUUUAUAUCUUAUGACAUUUUUUACCUUUUUUGUCUUGUGAAAUAUACAUACAGAAAAAAUGCAUAAAAUAUAUAUGUAUAUUUAAUAAAUUAUUUAAAAAGUCAUACAUCUAUCACCUAGAUGAAGAAACUAUUCCUAAACGCUA